UCUCCUUGUGUAUAACCUAUGGUCAAGUAUCGCCGUCGAGACGCUUGAUUCUAGGGACACAGAGAGGAGGACUUCUGUAGACAAUCUUGCUAGCGGUUAUGAGGGUUACUCAGCGAGUUCGCCAACUGGAAAUCGUGAAUCGUCCAUAGGCAUAACUUCUUCGGUGAUGGAGUCCACAGGGAUAUGGGCUUCCUCGAUAGACCUAUCCACGCAUGUCCCUGUAUCUGAACCUACAGUCGUGCUUGAUUCAAUAACAGAAGCCGACCCACUGCUUGUUCAAGCGUCAGAGCCCACAGCCGUGUAUGAUUCGGCAACAGAACGCACCUCAAACCUUCUCAGGGUAUCUGAUCUCACAGGUACGUUUGAUUCAAUGACAGUGGCCGUAGCUAUGCUUGAUUCAGCGACAGAAACCCCAGCUAUGCUUGAUUCAGCAACAGAAACCCCAGCCAUGCUUGAUUCAGCGAUUAAAACUGCAGAAACAACAGCCGCGUCUGUUUCAGUGUCAGCGACCCCGGUUUUGCUUGGCUCAUCUACAGAAACCACAGACAUAAUUGAUUCAUUUGUACUAAGAAGUAUCACAUCCACAAAUGAGACAACUCAUGUAAGUGCCAGUCACCUACUAACCAACACAUCCUUCCAGGACACCGUAUACAGUAACACAGGCAAUGCUACGGUCGAUGGUGAUCGGCCUCCUCCGAUGGAGUGGGCCGAAGAUGAGCUCGUGCUUGUUGAUGGACCAAAGACGAGCUACACUCUCGCCUACCAAGUAGAAGCUUGUGGACGGCACUGCAGGAACGGCACCAUCGUUUGGUCAGCACCUCCACGGAACUCGCCCUUCAGCUGCAGCAGGUGCUAUUGUGACAAUCUCUGCACAUCAUACGGCGAUUGCUGCCCGGACGAAAAUGGUACUGUGCCUUCCCGCGAUUUGGAUGUCGGCUACGUGUGUAUGAGGCCAGGUAGAUUUACCACUACAAUGUACUACAUGAUAAAGCGGUGCCCGUUCAGUGUAACCAGUGUGGUUAACGAUGAGCUGUACCCUGUGACAUCCGUCCGGACACUUCAGACGUACUUUAAUCAAGCCUUUGCUGCAUGCAACAACGAUACUGACGUCAUUCAUUGGUUGAAUGACACUACGUGCUCUGGUAUCGAUGGUAAUGAAACAACAACAAGGGAGACAACUCAAGGGCGAGGCGUAUCAGAAUGUCAUGUCACGUUUACACCAGCUCCAGAGACGGUUACCCAUCGACAAUGCAGCUGGCAUAAAACAGUAGCUGCGGAUAGGAUCGUCGACAAAUGUAACAGCAGUGGGAUAUUGGCAUACGUCGAUCCAGUCCUGGACACUCUUUGCCAGUCGAGUGAAUAUCUGGUAGACAGCUAUGGCACAGUUUACAAGAACGUCUUUUGCUCUUUAUGCAACACCAUUUCACUCAUUCCUCCAGGUUUUGCUGAUGACAUGCAGGAUGCUCCAAUAUCUUUGGGCGUCCUGACUAGCUUCACCGUCCGGGGAGGAAAUCAAGACGAAGAGGCUGAGAAAGUAACCUGUGCAGAGAAUGAAUGGUCAGAUCCCGUUACAAAAAGAUGCAGAGAGAUCAAAUGUGUACCCGGCAGAUAUUUGGAAGGGGAAAACUGUGCCCUUGAUGACACUGACAUUCUUCAUACAGAAUACUACAACGUGAUGAAAUUCACGUUCACCAAGAACAUAUUUGAUGUGAAGAAUUGGACGGACGUAAUGACAAUGGUUAGGAACAGCAUGCCUGAAAUGCUCUCUAAGUUUGAUGUCCUUGUUUACAGUUUUAGAGUGGAAGAACUUGUAUAUCCUGAUUCUGAUCCUGGUGUAGAAACGGAUUAUAAUGUUGGAAUACAUAUUGAGUUUAGAUCUGAGAGGAAUGGUUCACGUUCCGAAUACGAGUCUUACGUGUUCAAUAUAACAUGGGGCGAAUGGGUGUUCCAGUACAAUGGUGCUGUUACAGUUCUCCAGCCAGAACGGUAUGACUAUAGUGCUGAUAGAGAUGACUGGCAUAUCUUUACAUUUGAUCCUUUAGCUAAGACCUGUUGCUCGGACGAGCCUUACGGAACAUGGCUGUAUAGGCUCUCAGAAUUAUUUAGUUGGUUUCCCCUGAAUCCUGAAGUAAUGGUACCUCUCCAUUCACUCUUAUGUCCCUAUGUCAUAUUGGAUGAAGAGGAAUUCACUAUAUCUCCUAACGGGUCUCUUCUGCUGUUCUCCGGAAAUGCCACCUUACGAAAGGAAGAGUAUUUCCAGGAUUAUUUCGAAAUACAAGUAUGCCUUGAUACACUCCGAUUAGCAUUAAACGACUACAAUGAUACUGAGGCAUAUAUCAUGGAAGACAAUAUGUCGCAUGUACAGGGUUAUCUCUCCCUGGUGUGUACUUGUAUAUCUCUGAUCUGCCUCCUCUUAACGCUGAUUACUUUCUUUAAGUUUUCCGCCCUACGGAGCCUCCCUAACAAGAAUACCAUGCUCUUGUCCAUGUCGCUCUUUGCUGCUCAGGGAACAUUCCAGUUCGGUGCCGGACGUACAGGGAACAAAAUGGCCUGCCAAAUAAUCGGUGUUGCCAUCCAUUUCUUGUGGCUGACGGUGGUGUUCUGGAUGAACGUCUGUUGUUAUCAUAUGUUCAGAGUCUUUGCUUCAUCGGCAAAAGGUAGGAUUGCCCAUUCGAUCCAUUGGAAGACUCUAAUGAAGUAUGCCCUUUACGUCUACGGAUCUGCGUCUGCAAUUGUUGCUGCAACCAUUGGCGCUAAUUAUGCCAUUUCACACGGUACGUCCACUGGAUAUGGUGAACGGUUAUGCUAUAUCAACGAUCCAAAGGUCAAUGGUUUGGCGUUCGUUCUACCUCUUGGAAUCACGAUUGUGGUAAAUACAGUUCUGUUCUCCUACUCGAUCUAUACGAUAUCCAAGAUCAGUAAAAUUGAGACGACAUCCUCCCUUGACAGGAGAAACAUGUUUGUCUAUAUCAAAUUGUCGACUCUGACAGGAGUGUUUUGGGGGUUGGCUAUCUUGGCCGAGGUUACAGCCAUCAGCGCAUUAUCCUACAUCUCGGUUGUUCUUAAUGGAAGCCAGGGAGCCUUCAUCUUCAUAUCAUAUGUGGCCAAUCGUCGGGUCUACAGGAUGUGGAGAAAGGUUUGUCGUCACGCAGACUACACUGGGUCUAGAUCGAGUCAAUACACUGAGAGUUCAAGAUUUUAAAUUACACAGAUAUGUAACAUGGCCGUUUAGCGAGGGCUCGAGGUGUACAUCCUAUUCAAAAUGGAGCAAUUUGACAUUGAAAUGUGAUGCAAUGUGUUCACAUCCCUUUGAUGGCUCAAGUAAUUCAUUUACACUCGAUUUGUGAAAUAUAUUUAUGUCAUUGUUUCAUUUUUUUUAUGCAAACAUGCAUAUAAGAGAGUUGAAAUGACAAUGUGGUGA